AGCUCUUGGCGUGUAGACUGACUGAACACUAUAGCUGUGUUGAGUUUUACAUCAUUAAUUCAUCGUGUGGCGGGCUGUGCAAUGAAUUUAAUCUGUUUUCAUCACUUCAAGUUAUUUCGGCAACAAGUGGUUUUAAUGCAGCAGUGAUAUCUUGUGUUAUUUUGACAGUUUCUUCGUGUUCUUUAAGUGGAAUUUAUAGUUUGUUUUGACCCAACCUUUAACUAAUUGAUUACGGUCCACCAUUGUAAUCGUUCAACCAUUCCACUGGGAUAAUAGCUAAGCGUUUGAAACUGGAUAUAAUAGUUGUAUUAUUCAUGUUGGAUUAUUUUGUGGAAUAUAAACCACACGAGGGAUAAUAAAUAUACAGAGUUGAUUUAACAUUUUAAUUAAACAGCAUUCCAUAAGGGUGUUCACAAGUGUGGGAUAAAAGGAUUGAGGUAUGAGUAGUCAGGUUAAUGGGCCGUCCAGCCCGACUGGCAAAUAUAUUGACUCAAUAGAUCCUGAUGACCCUGAGUAUCAACGACAGAUGCGACGACCAGCAGAGGUGAAAGAAGAUUUAAAACAGAUGGAUAGUCGUAGUCGUGUGAAGGUUGUCCUAGAUAGUGACGCUUUUCGUGAAGAGUUAGAACGUAUUGUAGAAGAACAGAUAUUGACCGGACCACAUCCCGCUAGUUUGAUAGCUCUACAACAGAUAUCGGAACUCUUGUUACCAGGAGGUAAACUUGGUGGUGGAAGCGGCAGCAGGGGAUUCGCUAAAGGCCCAAUCAUUCCUAUUAAUGACAUUCGUGGUGUGGAAUCGAUGGGCUACAGUAAACCAGAGAAAGUUUUACGAUGUAAACUAGCUAGUUUAUACAGAUUGAUUGAUAUGCACGGCUGGACGUCGGGAAUAUAUAACCAUAUAAGUGCUCGUGUAAAUCAAGAACAGGAACAUUUUUUAAUCAACCCGUUUGGUGUUUUGUAUUCAGAAGUAUCGGCAUCUUCGUUAGUUCGGGUUGAUAUGCAAGGUGAAGUUUUAGAUGCUGGUUCGACUAUGUUAGGAAUAAAUAAAGCAGGAUUUAUUUUACAUUCAGCCAUCCAUCAAGCUAGACCCGAUAUUAAAUGUAUUAUACAUGUACACACACCAGAAGCAGUUGCAGUAUCUGCAAUGGAAUGUGGAUUAUUGCCGCUAUCACAAGAAGCUAUGAUUUGUGGAGAAAUUAGUUACCAUGGUUUUAACGGAAUACUAGUAGAUGAAGAAGAAAGAGAUAAAUUAGCUAGAAAUUUGGGACCCACAAAUAAGGUGAUGUUCUUACACAACCAUGGAGUUGUAGCAUGUGGUAAUACAAUAGAAGAGGCCUAUCACUAUAUUCGUAAUGUUAUGUAUGCUUGUACAGUACAGAUGAGUGCUAUACCUGCUGGAAUUAAUAAUUUAAUAAAAGUAGAUUCAGACUUGUGGAGGAAGACAUUUACAGUAGCAAGUCAGGGUGGUGGAGGUGUUAAUGUUGGUGGUAGAAAAUGGAAAGUAGGAGAAUUAGAAUUUGAAGCUAUGAUGAGACAACUGGAUAAUGCUGGUUAUAGAACAGGUUAUACGUUUAAAGCUCCAUUAGUUCGACACGAGAAAAGAGAUCGUUCUAAUAAUGACGUUGAGAUUCCACCAUCAGCUAGUUCAUUCACAUCAAAUGAUGACAGUAGAUUUAUGUCGCCGGUAAAGAGUGCUAUGGAGAGAAAUAAAUUAGCUUAUAAAGCAGGAUGGUUAACCUCACCUAAUACUUACGCUAAACAAGAAAUAGAAGAAAUUGGCACAACAAACCCUAAAAAAAUUACCAAGUGGGUACCAGAAAGUAACGCCACCACAAGUACACCAAUCAAGUUGGAUAACCCCAAUCAGUUUGCUCCACAAGGUCCAGACCCUAAAGAAUUCCGCAACAAACAAAAAGCGUUACGUAAAGACUAUUAUGAAGAUCAUAUAUCGGCCGGACCUCAAUCGAAACUAUUAGAAGGCAUCUCGUGGGAUGAAGCUCAGAAAAUGAAGGAGGGAUCCCUAUCUCACACAGCUGAUAACGUGAUUGUUGUCGGGGCCGCUUCUAAAGGUAUUAUUCAGCGUGAUCACCAACAUAAUGCAGUCGUCUAUAAAUCACGCUACGCAGCUAACCCUUUCGAAAAUGUGUCAAAUGAUGAAAUUCAACAGUAUGAACAGGAAGUCGACAGGAAGAAACGAGGAUUACCAGCUGUAGAUGAAGAUGAAGGAAGUCCAGGACCAGACGGGAAACUGAUAUCUUCCGAUGAAAGACUUCAACAAAUACAGAUGAACAGAUCGAUGGAUGAAAAACAAGAUGAAUCACUAGACAUGUCACAUGCCAGCGAUUACGUUAAUGGGGAGCCAGAACAAAGUCCACAGCCAGGUUCUGAAUCAGGUAUUCCUUUAGAAGACAGCGUGUGUGCUGAUGUGGAAACCCUACUGGACGAAAUACGUACGACGCCAAGCGUGCCACCCAAACACGGACAAAAUGGCGAUAGAAAUAAGCGUCCAGAGUACUCUACCCCUGUCAAACGCGCAGAAUCUGAACGACAACCGCAUCGUGAUCCUGCACUUUUACGUGAAUUAUCUGAGAAAGGUAUCGGCAGAUCGCAAUCGGAUCGCAGAGGUCGCGGUGAAGGAGAGAAGCCUGGUUCACCAGCUAAAUCGGAUACACUAAGAUCAACUGACAGUGCUAGUGGGGGAGAAACACUGGAGGACAGAUCCAGCAAGGAGGGCUCACCCACUAAGGAACAGGCAUCACCGAAUAAAGAGAAAGAAAAGAAGAAAAAGAAGAAGUUCCGUAUGCCCAGUUUUAACAAGAAGAAGAAUAAGGAGAGCAAAGAGAGCACUUUUUAAAUAGAAAUAAAGUAGAUCUCCUUUUUCUUUAGUCUUAGAGACGAUUCAAAUAAAUAAAAUAACGUGGAAUACGAUGAUAAAUAUAGAGAGACACGUACAUUACGUUUUAAUUGUUGCUUUCAUUCGAAUAAAACGCUUUUAAAAUCAUCUUCGUCAUUUGUUAUUGAGACACAGAAAAUGUACUCCCGAUACAGCGUGCAAAUUUUGUGUUUGUAUUUUUCGCGACUUCAUUGAGCCUUUUUAUUUUCAUGUCAUCUAAGUGCUUUAUUAAAUAUUUGUAAGCGUUCUUCUGUUUUUCUAGAGAAGCGCUUACCUUGUCAUUUGUAAAGUGCAAGUUUUUAUCGCGUCACGUUGAUUGUACGCUUAGUGGAUAGUAGUCAAGGCAACAAGAGCGACCAUUUUCGAUUUCACCAUAAAUGGCAUUGGUUGCCUCAUCAUUUAAUUAAGUAAAUUUGAGAUAGUUAUUUCAUUAUUCGUGUUUUUUCACAGCAAAAUAUGGAUGAAUUUGAUUCGAUAUGAAAUUAUUAUAAUAAUUAUCUUUGCUGUAAUGUAAAUUGUUGGUUUAUUUUGUUUUUAUUUUAUAAGUAAAUGUCUUCUAUGCAUUUCUUUGUUCUAGCUCACAUUUAUCGAUUACCAUAUAAGGGUCAUCCUUGAUUAAGGACAAUCCUUACAUUAGAAAGGUUGGCCUUUAUCAAUUAUGGUGAAGUGUCUUGUAUUAAUCAGGGGUCAUCUUCAAAAUGUAGUCCUCAAGUGAUUCAGGAACAUAAGCUUACCUUAGAAGUGGCAUCCUUAAUUGAUUGAGGCCUUCCUUUAUAAGGGUUGUCCUUUCUUGAUUUAAGGGCCUAGGGGUCCUUAAUUUAGUUUUGUGUGAUAUCUGCUUGUUAAACCAUAUUUAAUAAAAAAACAACCUUGUCAUAUAUUCAUUCUUUCACACUAUAGUGAAGUGGACCAUUUUAUUAAUUUGGCAAUGUUUAUAUUAACCAUCUUGCCAAUCAGUUUUUUUAAAUAAUAAUAUGAAUGUAGUCGACAAACCAGCAACAGUGUAUAUAAAUAUAUCUAUCUAUGUAAUUCACAGAUUUUAUUGGGAAUUGAUAAGAAAUUUCAUGAUAAAACUUGAAACCAUGGCCUGUGAAAAAGUCUGAAAGGGAAGUGUGAAAUUUAAUUAAUGUUUAUUGAAAUAAGUUGUGAUUAAAUCCGUUUGUUUUAAGAAAAUCAUUUUCAUUGGAUAAAAAUCAAUUAAAGCACGCUCGUUGCUCAAAAUUAGAAGAACUGAGAAUAGAAAUGGGCACAGUAACCAUAGUGACCAAAAACAAGAGAGUUAAAAAUGGGCUGUUUAUGUAAGUUUUAUCAUGGUAUUUAUUCAGUAAUUUAUUAAAUUUAUUAUUUUCAUGAUUCGUUGAUUAUUCGCCUGACAUAUUUAUAAAAUACUGUAAACAGUCUUAUGGAGACUCUUCAAACUUUCGUAUUUAACCCUUUUUUGUUUGUUUUUCUGACGCAAUAUUGUUUUAUUUUAUUGUCGUUAAUUUGAUAUAAGAAGUUAUUCCACUUUGGUUUAACUUUUUUUACUCUAAAAGAAAAACAAACGGCAAAAUCUAAAUGAAGGAAUUUAAGAAGGUUUGCAGUACAAAAUUUUGAGAAAUUCUAAAAAUAAUGCAAACUGAUAAAAAAAAAAAAAAAGGGAUUUAAAAACAUGUAUUUUUGUUCUGUUCAAAUAGAUAAAGAAAAUUCCCAGUAAAAUCUGUAGAAUUAGGUCCAGAAAAACACAGAAUGUUUUGAGAGAAGUUUUUGGACAUGUAUAUUGCAGUUUUGAAUCAACUUAAAUUUUCAUAAAGUCCAAGAUAUAUACCGGUAUAUAAUUCAUAUUUCAUUAUUAGAUUCCCUUAAUGUAAUUCUCACUUGUGGUGCUUCCAUGCUGCGGAUUUGAGUUUAUCUUUGAAUUUACUAAAUUUUCUUAGGGCGUUCCACAAAAAGGCAUAGAAACACAUAGACAUGGCUAUCGUUAAAUGCACUUUUAAAGCUAAAUGUUGCAUUUUACCAAACAUGCUUUGAAGUUUUUUCUGAAAAUCAAUAUUUGUAGCUUAAAAAUUUUGGAAAUAUCUCUUUUAUUCCGAGAUAUUUUAUAAAUUGUGGACAAGGACUGGUAAUUGUGCAUAUUGUAGAGUGGAUUAUUAAUAUAUGCUUAAACUUUAGUUCAAAUUCAUUUCUGUUUUUAUUUAAUGCAAAAUAAUUGAGUGAAACACUUUUGAAGUGGGAAUUCGGGUGGAGGGUUAUGGCUUGAACUUCAUUAUGAAGUUUUUAAUUUUUAGUUUUUUUGCAAUGAAUUUGAAUUUAAGUUUUGGUUGAUUUUUCCAUUUUCUGUAUUAUUUGGUUAUCUUGUUGAUUAAUUUUGUCUGAUUUCGAUAAUAUUCUGUAUUGAAUCCGGUAAUAUAAUUAAAUCUAGUUUAUGAAACGUGUAUCUGAAGGUAUUGUAUCUCAUCAAAUCAUAUAAUUCACUUUUGUACGUGUUGUGACUUGUGAUGGGGGGGGGGGGUCCGAUGGUUUAAAUCAUGUCGGUCACCGAGUGGUGGUUGAUGGUUUAAUAAGGUCUGUCAUUGAGUCAAGUGGUGAGGUUUCCCAUUGCUAAAGACCCCUACGUGCAAGCGAAUUAUUGAAAUAAAAAUUAAACCAUAUGUUAGUCCCGAAAUGACCUAGUUUGUGUCAAGUGAAUUGUUAAACCCCAUUUCUCUCUCUCUCUCUGUCACUGAGUCAACUUUACUUGCUAACACCAUAUUUACUGUCGAAGUUGUGCACAUGGUUUUAGACAUGUUUAGCAACUCACCAUUUUCUUACAAAAAUAGGCACAAGACAUAAAUUAUAUGGAAUGAUGGGAUACGAUGCCAUUUUACGUGAAUUAACAUCAGUAUUGACUAUAUAUAUAUAUAUACAUGUAUAAUCGUGAUAUGCUCCAAUCAGAAAUCUUGGGUUUACAUUGUCUAAUUUUGAAAUAAAUAUUUAAGAUUUGAAAUUUAUAUAAUUUCUAAUUUUCUUUGUUUGCUACAGAUUAUAAUUGCCAUAAGAUUGGUUUUGGAUUUAGAUCGUCAAUAAAUGCAGUGUCACUGCCAUAUUUUCAUGACCGAGUAUUAUCAUUUGUUUGAUUGAAUUGAGAACUCUCCAAACCUGUUUUUUUUUUUUCAAAAAAAUAUAAGCAUUUAUUAUACUGAUAAACCUUAACCAUUAUUAUUAUUAACUGAUGGAGUGUACUGAAAACCUUCUCAUAGAAGUGUGGAUGAUUCGAAAAAAUCGCACGAUCAUAUCCACAUUAUUUAAUUAACAUCUUGAUUAAUAGUGUGGAUGCUCGUAGACUGAGAGAUUCAUGGCGGGAACAUUGAUUGAUAGCAUUACAUGCUAAUUAAUUUAUCGUUUGUUAUUUAAUCAUGGAAGGUUUUUGUAGACCCAAAGGAUCCACACACAUACACACAGUCGAUCAUCUCAUGUGAUCCAUUUCUUCGCUCUUAUUCUAGUAUUCUCAUUAUUAAAGGAUGGAGGUAUUGUAGAACCCCAGUGUAAUAGUAGAGAAUAAAGAUGGUAGCUGUUUUGUUUUAAAUUUAAUUUUUACAUUUAAUUAUUAAUAAUAUUAAUCUUAGUUUUUUUUUUCCUUGUUUUGUUACAAACCAUUUAAUGUAAAAUACAGCUUUUUUAUUUGUAAAUAAUUUUUGCCGUUAUAUAAUUAUAACUUGUAAUAAUAUUCUUAACUAUGGCACUUUCUAAUAAUAGAGUUAUCCUUCUUGCAGAGUUACCAUAGUAACGUAUUGAAUACAGGGGAAGAUAACUCUCUUGUUAAAACGAGCUAUGAACAUGCCCUAUACAUGUAGUUUUAAACCUUGCGCGACUUUAUGAAUUUGUUCAGCUUUUUUUAAAUAAAAAAAAAUGAGACAUUUUUCGUCACGAUUUUAGUGUAAAUUUACUUAUUAUGUAGGUUAAUGCGCAGAUCUGCGAAAACGUGUCUGUUGUGGAUGUUAUUUUGGUCGGAAAUCGGCCACGUUUUCGGAAAUCUCGCGAUGACGUAUUAAUUAUAUGCUAUAUAUAUAUAUAUACCCGUGUAAUCAUAUGUACGAGUCACGAGUUAAUUUCAUUGUAUUACACGAAUCAUAUUCAAAUAAUUUCACUUUUUUUUCUUUCUUUUUUUAAGAAAAUGUUGCUUUUGGGAAAACAUUUUGCAUGUUUUUUAUACAGCGUUAUCUUAAAAUUUAAUAAAAUAAACAUUGUGCAGUAAAUAUUGACAUUGUAAUUUGCUUCCAGUUCAAUAAAUUAAUCGUACUUGUACUUCAGAAAAAACCCCAACUUAAUCUGGGUCUUGCGUCUGUUUUGCCCAAUUUUGCGAUAUAUAUAUAUAUUAUAUGUUACUAUCGACACUUAGAGCUCAGUUCUGGUUAAAGAAUAAUAUUUGAUUCGUUUGCGUAGGAAAAAGUGCAAUUCGGUUUUUAAGAUGUAAAUCUUAAUUUAUGUGGUCGGUUGUGAUGUCAAUUUUGUUUUUUUAAGUUAAAGGUACUUGGUAGAAAAAAAAAGAGAAAAUUUGUCAUAAAACAGAAAAAAGUUACCCAUCAUCAAAGCAACAUAUUUCCGAGUACAUAUUUUCAAUUCAUAAAUCCUGAUCAAAGGCUUGAAUAAUGAGAUUAAAGAAAUAUUAGAUUGCAUUUUGAAAUUUCAUUUAUUAUAAAUAUUCUAAUCCAAAUGAAAUUUUUUAAGUAUUCUGGAUAAUCAAGAUCGUAUAGUCUAAAAUAUACAAGUCUUUUUGAAUAUUCAGUACAAAAUAUACUGGACUAUUAAUUCUGAUACAUGGAGGCUUUUUGUGAAACUAAUUGACUUUAGAUUUAGACCUGAUAAUCUGGACUCACCUACAAUAUCAAUUCAAUAUUCCAGACAGUAAGAACUGGUUAACAGUAUUUAAUAUCCUGGAUAAUCAAGUCUGGUAUUAUAUAUAGUCUAGAUUACACCAGUAUCUAUAUGUGUAUUAGUCGAUGAGCUGCUUGUUAAUGUAGUAAAAACUCGUCCUGCUGUGUCAAUAAACAUGUUGUAAAAACAUCA